GCAGUUUGGCAUCGAUGAAGACAACGUGUCUUGUCAACACCCCUUCGAUGAAAACGAAAGACUCUGGUUUCUGUCUGAUUUCCCUCAUUUAAUUAAAAAUUUGAGCAAUUCCAUUGUAGCAAAGGAAAACACAUGGACUCCUGACGGCAUCAUUAAAAAAAACAUUGGAGGGCGGUCAUUGAGGCCGAGAAUGAAAAUUUCUACAACAUGAAAGUUGCUUUCAGAAAAGUACUUUCAGAAAAUGAAUGUUCCAAUGGCAUUUUACUUAUUCUCCGAGCCAGUGUUUACCGCCAUGGACAUAUACUCUGACCGCCACGACGAUCCGAAAGAUAGUGGUAGCACACAAUUUUUCAGCAAGAGAAUAUUAAACCUGAUGAAAGGUAUGAUGUCGCGCUCACCUAAAGAUGCCUUGCGAGAGACCUCCAAAAAAUAUCAAUCCAUAGACAAAUUCUUGGAGUAUUUUCUGGAAUGGGAGGAGGGUGCCAAGAAGAAUAAAAUGCCUUUUUUGAGCCAGAGUACAUGCUACGGACUUAAAGUCACUUUAAAAGCGACACUCGAGAUUUUUGCGUUUCUCAAGCAGAAAUGUGAUUUACAAUACCUCAUGACCUCUAGAUUAAACCAAGAUGCUUUGGAGAAUAUUAUCUCUCGGAGUUGUCGGGAAAGUAAAUUGUACACGAUUUUCUUCUUCUAACCUUUAGGUAACUUUCAUUUCAAAUCUAAACUUUCAGUAACACUUUAAAACAACAGUUAGGAACGUUCGAAUAAUCUAACUUUAUUACAGUAGCAGAUGUUAGAAGUUCGAGUCCGGCAGUGGCGGCCAGUAAGGGUUCGCAGCAGGUCAAAGUUCAAGGUUGUCACAUUUUCCAAAAUGCUUUAUUUUCGAGAAUAGCUAAACAGCAACAUUGUAAGGGUUGGUCAGCACCGACUCAUUUUUCCAUCGGUUUGAGGGACAGUGGUGCCCGAUACCUAGUCGUCGCCGGUACUCGGUACUCCAAAUUUACUUCUGAUUUGUUGCGAAUCUAUUUCUAUUUGUCUCGCGCUCGACAACUCCGGUUCUACCUUUUUUUGUUUGGAA